GGAAGCUUCGCAGUGUUUCUUCAUCACUUUUGUUUACAUCUGUGCUUUCAUGUAAUUAAGGUUCACUUUGGGGUAGUUGUCCGUUCAUUCCUGCACAUGAUGACCACAGAGUCUGCCAGCCUGGAGAGCCUGCGUGUGCUGUACCAGAGUGAUGACUACAUCGUGGUGGAUAAGCACUGGGACAUCCGCAUCGACAGCAAGAUGUGGUACGAGAAACACACCGUGCAGGCACAACUUCGGGAACGCUUCCCUCAGCUGGCUGACCCCAGCACCUACUAUGGAUUCAGAUUCUGUCAUCAGUUAGAUUUCUCCACCAGUGGGGCUCUUUGUGUUGCCCUCAAUAAGGCUGCUGCUGGCCGGGCCUACCGCUGCUUUAAGGACCGCACCGUCACCAAGGCUUACCUUGCCCUGUUACGUGGCUGGGUGGAAGAAGAGAAACAAACUCUGGAGUUCGCCAUUGGCAAGAAUUCUUCAGAGGGCAAAACACACAUGAUGUGUAUUGAGGGAACAGAGGGUUGUGAGAACCCCAAACCUUGCCAAACUGAGCUGACAGUGUUGGAGUUUGGGUUGUAUGAUGGAGACCCUGCUACCAAAGUGCUACUGCAGCCACUCACUGGCCGAACCCACCAGCUAAGGGUCCAUUGCAAUGCAAUAGGUCACCCCAUUGUCGGGGACUUCACCUACAGCUCGGGAGCAGACGACUCCCCCUACCGCAUGAUGCUGCAUGCGCAUCUUCUCCACAUCCCUCUAGAACCCCAGCCCCUGCUCGUCUCUGCUGGGGACCCCUUCCUCUCCGCGGUGGAUCCCAAGUGGCUUCCGCAGCGCUCACUACGGACACUGAAGGCCACCGUGGAUGCCCUGCUGGAACACAGGGUGGAGGAGGAAAGGAAGCUGAGAGAGGAGGAGAGAGAGAGAGUGAGAAGAGAGCAGGAGAGAAAGAAAGGAAGACGGGAGCAGAGGACUGAGGAGGAGAGUGAGGAGCAGAGGAGGCAGUGUCAGGCGUGGCUGAGUGAAUGGGCUGGAGACUAAUGGAGUUGGAAUUAUUUAUUUUAAUUUAUUUUAGCAGUUUACUUGUGACAGCCAUGUUGAACAUGCAUGCGCUAUCUCACUGAACACCUGUGUUAUAUUUAAAUAGCAUACAUGUACAUGGAAGUGGACCAGUACCAUAAUUUCCUCACAAACACAUUACAAACACACAUUAACCGUAUGAACAAAUGUACACAUCUUGAUUCCUGCUCUUUUAAUAAGCUAACACCAGUGGCAGCUGCCCGCUACGCCAGUCUUUUACACUUGACCACUAAUUAGCUCCACUGCAAAAGCUGAGAAAUGAGUGCCUUGCUCUAGUUCAUGUUUAUAGGGGGGAUUUGGUUGAUGAUUGUUCUCUCCCACAUUCCCCUUUAAUAAGUGAAAUUAUUUUUAAUACGUGGAUUUUUUGUCAAAAGUCUAUUCUAUUAAGUGUCUGUUGACUCGGCUAAUUAAAGUGUUGUCACUUAUCCCUGCUAAGGGUGCCUGACCAGCAGAAGUUGAUCUGUGUUUUGUCUGUGAAAAUGCUGUUAAAUCCAUGUGCUUUGUCACAUAUGCCAACUAUACUGUAUGUUUUUUGCAUUGUAACAUACAAUGUCUAUAAAAAAGUAUUCACCCACUU